AUGGAUCUUUCAUCGAAAGGAAUACUUGCAUUUCAAAAUAUUAGUUACGUUAUUGGUCGACAACAAAUGAUUUGUCGAUAUAAAAAUUGGUAUCCACCUUUUAUGAAACCAAAAUCGACAAAACAAAUCAUUGAUGAUGUUUCUGGUAUUUUUGCAUCAGGAAUGAAUGCUAUCAUGGGACCAACUGGUUGUGGUAAAUCAUCUCUUCUUGAUAUAUUGGCUUAUCGCAAAGAUCAUCAUGGUGUUUCUGGAAAAGUAUUCAUCGAUGGAUAUCCACCACCUCCGUCAUACAAGUAUAUUGUUGGUUAUGUUGUUCAAGAUGAUAUUAUUAGUGGAACACUUACUGUACGAGAAAAUCUCAUGUUUUCAGCAAAUGUUCGUUUAUCUGAUGAUGUUUCUAACAAUGAACGUAAAGAACGUGUAACAAAAAUUAUUCAUGAUCUUGGACUUGAAACAUGUGCUGAUACAAAAAUAGGUACCGAGUUUUUAAGAGGUGUAUCAGGUGGAGAACGAAAACGAACAUGUAUUGGUAUGGAACUUGUACUUUCGCCCAAAAUACUUUUUCUUGAUGAACCAACUACAGGACUCGAUGCAUCUACAGCUCGAAAUGUCAUGGAAUGUUUAAAAGAACUAUCAAAAAGUGGACGUACAAUUAUUUUCUCUAUUCAUCAACCUCGUUAUUCAAUAUUCAAACUUUUUGAUACUGUUCUUCUUAUGUGCAAAGGCAAAAGUAUUUAUCAUGGUCCAGCUUUAGCUGUACUUUCUUUUUUUAACAUGCAAGGUUAUUCAUGCGAAUUACAUGAUAAUCCUGCUGAUUUUGCAUUGGAUGUUCUUAUUGAUGCAAGUCGAAAACCUGAAAAUAUAGAAAAAUUAAACAAAGCAUAUAUGACAUCUCAAAUAUAUGCAACUAUUAGUUCUUUAUUGAAAAAGCAAGUGAAUGGUAAUAGUUUAGAAAAAAUUCAUCGAAACGAACAAGGAGUAGCAGCACGUUCAUUGAUUACAGAAAUCUAUUAUGUAUCACAACGAACAUUAAGAAAUGCUAUAAGAAAUCCUGAAUUAUUUCUAUCUCAAGUAAUAGUCGCUAUUAUUAUGGGUCUUCUAGUAGGAUUAGUCUUUAAUAAUAUGGAAAAAACGAUUGAUCCUGGUGUACAAAAUCGUUUAGGAGCUAUCUUUUUUAUUGUUGUCAGUCAAGUAUUUAGUACUAUAACAGCACUUGAACCAUUGGUUAAAGAACGCACGUUAUUUAUACAUGAAAAUAUUAGUGGUUAUUAUCGAACUACAACAUUUUUCAUUGCUAAACUUCUUUGUGAUUUAUUACCCAUGAGAGCUAUUCCAUCAAUUAUAUUUUCUUUGCUUGCAUAUUUUAUGACAGGUUUACAAAGAAGUGCUGGUCAUUUUUUUGUUUUUCUUCUUACUAUUUUUAUGGCUUCAAUAUUUGGAUCAGCAAUAUGUUUUUUUAUCUCGGCUACCAUUCAUACAUUCGCUGUGGCUCUCAUUAUUGUUGUACUUAUCUUUGUUAUUAUGUUCUUAUUUAGUGGUUUUCUAAUUUCUUUGGAUAGUGUAUUCAAUUGGCUUUCUUGGAUUCAAUGGAUUAGUGCUUUUCGAUAUGCAUCAAAUAUGUUAAGUGUAAAUGAAUUUCGAGAUAUUAAUUUUUGUCUAGUGAAUCAAACUGAUGUUUGUCCUAUGAAUGGUUCAGAAAUAUUAAUAAAACAAGCAGUAGAUUAUGCUAGUGAUUGGGAUAUGUGGAAAUAUUUUUUUGCAUUGACAAUGAUGGCAAUUACUUUUCUUCUAUUGGCUUACAUUCAACUUUGUAGAAUUAAGAAAAGCAAAUAA